CUUUCCCCACUUCCCCUCAAGUGCUCACACGAGCGACCCCUAGACUUUUCCUUACUUUUACUCCUAUCUCUUUCGCCUAAUUUUUGCUCACGGCCAUGCAUUUCUUCAGUCAAGUGUAUAAUUACAAUCACCCAUGGUCUCACGUCGUCAUUGGGAUGUGGCACAAAUACCCGAAUCCAAAAUGCUCGCAUGUCAUUAGUAUUGAUGUGCUGGAUCGCUCUGUAGAUCCAAAGACGGGGAUAAUUAGAACGGAGCGGAUAUUAGGAUGUAAGCAAAAGGCACCAGGCUGGAUCGUAAAGUUGUUUGGUGGCUCUGAAGACGCUUUUGUGCGUGAGAUAUCUUUUAUCGACCCCAGGAAUCAGCGCGCUUCCAUAUCCUCGGUCAAUAUGUCACUAUCACAGUUCGCCACAUGCGUAGAGCAAAUAGAAUACUCACCUGCAUCUCACGACUGCACGGCAUUCACACAGACGGCAGAGAUUCAAGCACGGUUAGGGAUUUGGCGGAGUGCCGCAGAUGGGCUGGAGAGAUGGCUAGUACAGCGGUUUGAGCAAAAUGCACAUUUGGGAAAGCUUGGAUUCACAGACGUGCUGCGGAGGUUGUGGGAAGAACGGCAGCAGCUGCAAUCUGUAGCGGCGUAGGGGUGGUACCUGGGUCGUGUGUCUUCUCUACACUUCGUUUUCUGUUAACGUUGCAUCAGGAUUUUCUAGAGGUACUGUUACGCCUUGACCUAGAUUGUUUAAAAGCCCCUCUACACUAUUCGUUGUGUAAGCUAUGUAGCUGAAAAACUGAAAAAAUGGAAAAAAUGAUGACUUU